AUGGCACCCAUAACGUACCUGACACGCAUAGCUUCAUUUUCAGCUGCACAUCGAUUACACUCUCCACACUUGACAGAUGAUGAAAACAAGGCACUUUAUGGAAAAUGCAAUCAUCCAAACUUUCACGGCCAUAACUAUAAAGUGGAAAUCACCAUCAAGGGCGAGGUGAAUCCCGACACUGGCAUGGUUAUGAAUCUAACAGAUCUCAAGGACUGCAUAAAGUCGUCUAUCAUGGACGUUCUUGACCAUAAGAAUUUGGAUUGUGAUGUGGAGUACUUUUAUAAAAGGCCAAGCACAACCGAGAAUCUGGCUGUCUUCGUUUGGCUAAAUUUCGACCAUCAUUUCCGUAAUCAUCCAGCCAGGCAUUCCACCAACGCACGGUUAUACAAAGUCAAGAUUCAUGAAACGGAAAGCAAUGUUGUGGAAUAUAUGGGCGAAGGUUUGCCAUUGGAGAAUGGAAAUGGGAAUGCCAAUCUCUCUUGA